AUGAGCCUCGGAUAUGGUGUCGGGGACUUCCUCGCUGUAGUGAAUCUCGCCAAAGCCAUCAGGGUGCGCUUUGUUAGGGCACCAGACCAAUUCAGACAUAUAUCAGAAGCUUCAAAGACCUUGUGCAAUGUCCUCCGCGAUAUCAAAGACAUCUACGAGCAAGCGGAGCUUGAUACCCAGCAGGAGAAACACCUAGACGAAAUCUCUCGCUCCUGCCGUAGUGGACUGAAUGAACUACUCAGCAAAUUAGACCAAUACCAGGAGUUGGACCCUGGCACUAACAGCCUAGGGGGGACCUGUCGUCGUGUCUGGAAAAGACUCAAAUGGGACCAAGCCGAGAUGGCGGAGAUUUGUCAGAGGAUACAGUCCAAUGUUCACAUCUUUCAUCUCUUCAGUACUAGUCUGACUAGUCAAGUAGCCUUUGCUACAAACGAGCUCGUUCACCGAGUUAACAAUACCAUGGAAGACAAAGCUCAGCAUAAACUCCUUGAAUGGCUCACGACCGUCAACUAUGCCACUCAGCAAGAGGAAUAUCUCAAACGUCGGCAAGAGGGUACCGGUAAGUGGCUACUAGGCACAGACAAGUUUCAGCAGUGGAUUGACAACGAGAAUAAAAAUAUCCUUUGCACGGGCAUCCCUGGAGCUGGAAAGACAAUACUCACUGCUGUUGUCAUUGAAUAUCUCGAGGAGAAGUGUAAACAUGAUCGAAAUUGUGGUCUCGCCUACAUUUACUGCAACUUCCGGUGCCAUCAUGAGCAGAGUGUGGACGAUAUACUUGCGAGUCUGAUAAAGCAAUUGUGUCAAAGAAUGUCGUCCCUUCCUGAGGAUAUAAAGACGCUAUAUGCACAACACAAGAAACGUCAGACACGGCCGAAACUCGACGAACUUUCCGAGAGCCUAUCCGUUCUGCUUGGUCACUUCUCGAGGAUCUUCAUAGUGGUGGAUGCCCUUGAUGAAUAUUCAUCAAGAGGUGAAGCGCUACGCAGGCUGUUAUCCGAGUUAUUUCGUCUGCAGAGCAACAGCACGGUUAGCAUAUUCGCUACGUCACGGCAUAGCCCGUGGAUCCAGUCGGCAUUCGAGGGUUGUUUGCAGCAAGAAGUUUCUGCUGCCACUGAAGAUGUAGAGGCGUAUCUGCGAGGUCACAUGUCCGAUCUGUCAAGAGCCGUGCUACGCGACAAAGAUCUACAGGAGGAAAUAGUCAAAGCAAUUACGAAAACAGUGGAUGGAAUGUUUCUUCUUGCUCAACUCCACCUUGACUCAUUGAGAGGAAAACUCUCGGUAACGGCGGUUAAGAAAACACUAGAGAAAUUGCCAACUGGAACUGACGCGUACGAUAUUGCAUAUGAAGAAGCCAUGGAGCGGAUAAAUGGGAAGACGGAGGGAGAAAAGGAGUUGGCAAUUCAGAUUCUUGCAUGGAUCACCUGCGCUCAGGUGCCGCUGAUGAUAGAACAGCUCCAAUUUGGCCUUGCAGUUGAGCCCGACGAGGCAAAGUUUGAUCCAGAUAAUCUUCCUGACACGCAAGACAUGGUAGCUGUUUGUGCUGGCUUGGUGACUAUAGACGAAAAGUGUCGUAUCAUUCGCUUAGUCCACCAUACCGCACAGGAGUAUUUCGAGAGAUCCCAGACAAAGUGGUUUCCCCGAGCGCACUAUGAAAUGGCAAGAGUCUGCGUGGCAUACUUAUCGUCUAGCCUUCGGGUUGGAGUAGACUUACCCUCAUCCGGUUAUUCUUUUUACUACUACUGUUGUAGCUAUUGGUACGAUCACUUUAAGCUCGCCCGUGCAGAGCCAGGGUUGGUACUCGGCUUUUUGCAGGACACGAAGAAGCUCGCGCAUUGCUUUCGACAAUCAUUUACAUUUAUGACAACUGAGACAGUUUUCAGGCUGAGCGCGAUAUUGCCAGAUUCGGUGACGAAAGCCCAACUGGCCGCAUACUUUGGAUUCGACAGUGCGCUGAAGGAGCUAAUAGAAGCCGGACAUUGCUUCAAUGCCCUUGAUGCUGCAAAUAGAUCUCCAUUGUCUUGGGCGGCAGACAAUGGCCAUGAGGCAGCAACCAGGGGACUCUUCCUAGAUCAUCAAGACCGGUGGGGGUUUACUCCACUCGCGCUAGCAGCAACAAAUGGCUACUGUAAGGUUGUGAGCCUACUCCUGAGCAAUGGAGUCAGUCCAGACUUGAAGAGCAACGAUGGCCGAACCCCUUUGAUGCUAGCUUGUGAGCAACGCCCUGGACGGGUCAGCAGACCUUUAAGAAUGCUUAUCGGGAUCAAGAAGAUAAUAGAGGGUCACUUAGAACUGCGAUCGAGCACAUUUUAUAGUUACAAGAGGGUAGUCGAGCUUUUGCUCGAGGCAGAUUGUGACCCUAAUUCAAAAGAUGAACGUGGCCGGACCGCGCUUCACCUGGCCGCUGGAAUACUAGACACAGAAAUUAUCAAGCUAUUACUAGCUAAGGGGGCUGACCCUCUUAGCACGGAUAAUGCAGGUCAGACACCGCUUUUCUACGCAGCAGGACACGGGAAUGCGAUGGGUGUCCGAUUAUUGCUCGAACAAGGGGUCAAUCCAAACCACCUGAGUGAUAUAGGCACAACCCCAUUGCUUCUCGCUUGCAAGUGGCAAGCCACCGAUGUUGUCAGAGAUCUACUAGACUGUGGUGCUGACCCUAGCCUCGCCGAUCAUAGAAUCGGUCGAACUCCAUUGGUAUGGGCAGCAGCGAAGGGUUGUGAUUCGAUGGUGGAAACAUUAUUGAGAAGAGGCAUUGACGUGGAUAGCCAGGGCCGUGACGGUUGGACGGCUCUGUUGGCUGCUAUAGUGUUUGCUCACAGAACAACCGUCAGAAAAUUGGUCAAACAUGGCGCUGAUCCGAACCUUCCUGGCCCUCGACAUGGCAGAACUCCUCUCUGGUGGGCUGCAAGAAUGGGAGAUGAAAUUAUCUUAAAGCAAAUUCUUGAAUCUGGGGGCGACCCUGAUGCUGCCGACAAGCAAGGGACAACACCAUUGAUGAAAGCAGCAUCAGCUGGAUACGCUAAUAUUGUCAGAUUACUGCUAGGUACGGGCAAUGUAAACCCUGAGCGCCGAAACAAACGGGGCGAUGACGCUACAACCAAGGCACGAUGCAGAGGGCACGACCGAAUCGCGCUACUUUUGGAGGUCAACAUGGACAUCAAAGAGACUUUGAAGGUGAAAGACAUCCCCGCCGAACGCGCAGACGCACGCCUCUGCACAAAUUGUGGUCUCCGCGGACAAUUUCAAGAUUUCCCUAGGUGUCAGCAUUGCUUACAUGCCACAAAAGUUCGUUCAGUCUUUUGCUCUACAUGCGAUGACUUCCUUACUGUUUACUGUGCCAGUCCCAUACAUCGCAACGGUGCUCUCAAGUCUAAGAUAUCCUACGCUCGUGCUAGGAAAGUAAUAUGA